AUGGCUUCUCAAUCUCGGUUUAGAUCAGCUUCUUCGGCAUCGCGUAACCCACUAGGGAUCUUGAACGGCGACAAUGAUAACUUGGAUCCACCAUCGCGUGGGGUAUUUUCAAAGCGGAGAGCAUCAAAUGAUGCUGGUGGUGGAGGUGGAGGAGCACACCGGUGGUUGUUUGGAGGACGCAAGUACCGGUCCGUGUCGUCGCCAUCACACUUGGGUCCCACGCAAACCAAACCUGUUCUGACAAUUAUGGGGGACAAUUUUGAUGAUGAUAAAGAUGAUUCAGACAAUUUGUUGGUUCAUGGUGAGAUUGACAAGAAGCCUGCACAUCAGCUUGUAAAAGAGUUUGAUGGAGGGAGCACUCGGGCCAAGCCCAGUGUUGUUACAACGACGACGCUGGCCAAGUCUGACCGGAUUGUUUGUUUUGACGGAAUCCCUGGAGAGGUUGGACUCAAUUCGAUUUUGGCGCAGGUAUGUGGGGGUCCGUUAGAGCGGGUGGUUGCGGUGCCCGAGGACAGCUCGAACCCGCGCAUUGUACAGCUGCACUUUUUCCAAGCCCAGAACGCACAGGCCUUUUACGAGUACACAAUGAGCGGCCGGUUUUUAAUUAACGGCACGGGAUACCGCCCGAGAUGGGGGAAUGCUAGUUUGGCAGCUGUAUAUGCGUUCCCCAAGGUUGUGUUUGAUGAGAUGGUGUAUAACCAUGCGCGCCGGUGUAUUUGCCUAACGAUGCGGCACCGCGACAGGUUGGAGCGUGAAGCGGCCGUGGCAGCAGCAGCAGCAACAACAACAACAGUCACAGUAGGAGCAACUGGGAAUGGUGGAGGACGCAUAUCAUCGAUCAAGCCAAUGGUUUCAUCACGGAACGUUGCGAUGGACGUGUCAUUAGAAACAAUUGCACGGGACUUUGGGAGGUUUGGGCCUGUGCUUAGUAUCACACCGCUAAUUUUGAACCACGUGAAUAUAGCAGUGCAAUAUGCAGACACGCGGCACGCAAUUCGGGCCAAGAAGGCAUUUGAGCGUAAGAGUGAUGCCGGGCUAAGUGCACGGUAUGCCGGGUGGGCAGUGUCGUAUGGCAAGGACCCUGCGGACCGGCGUGUCCCGGUGCCUUUGUAG